UCCUAAGCCCUUCGACUCUGAAUUAUAUCAUUUUAUAGGUUAUACACACCUGUGUUUAGUGUGUAGUGACUUCGUGCUCAAAAAUCAGACAACUAUGAAACAGACAAAUCAGACACAAGUGACAGAAUUCCUCCUUCUGGGACUUUCUGAUGACCCAUACACCCAGCAGCUGCUAUUCAUCUUAUUCCUGGGUAUCUACCUGAUCACUGUGUUUGGAAAUCUGCUUCUCAUGUCCCUUGUUUAUGUUGACUCCCUGCUUCACACACCCAUGUAUUUUUUUCUUUGCAAUUUAUCUCUGGCUGACCUCUGUUUCUCUACCAACAUCAUUCCUCAGGCCCUAGUCCAUCUGCUAUCCAGGAAGAAGAUCAUUUCAUUCACACGUUGUGCAGCUCAGCUUCUACUCUUCCUCAUUUUUGGGUGUACACAGUGUGCCCUUCUGGCAGUAAUGUCCUAUGAUCGGUAUGUGUCCAUCUGCAACCCUUUGCAUUACCCCAGCAUAAUGACUUGGAGGGUGUGCGUGCAGCUGGCUGCGGGAUCAUGGACCAGCGGCGUUCUGGUGUCUGUAGUGGACACCACCUUUACACUGAAGCUACCCUACCGAGGCAGCAAUAGUGUUGCUCAUUUCUUUUGUGAGGCCCCUGCACUGUUGAUCCUGGCAUCCACAGACACUCGGACUUCAGAGAUGGCCAUUUUCCUCAUGGGAGUUAUGAUUCUCCUUAUACCUGUUUCCCUAAUUCUGGUAUCCUAUGGCUGCAUUAUAGUGACUGUGGUUAAAAUGAAGUCAGCUGCGGGGAGGCUCAAGGCAUUCUCCACCUGUGGCUCCCACCUCAUAGUGGUCAUCUUCUUUUAUGGAUCAGCAAUUAUCACCUACAUGACACCAAAGUCUUCCAAAGAACAGGAAAAACUGUCAUCUGUGUUCUAUGCAAUGGUGACCCCCAUGCUUAAUCCCCUCAUCUACAGCUUGAGGAACAAGGAUGUGAAGGGAGCUCUGAGGAAAGUAGCCACAAGGAAUUUCCCAUGCAGGCUGACAGUGAGACCCUCCUGA